AUGAAAUUCUUUGCCCAGACCACCACCAUCACCCUUCUUGUCACCUCUUUUUUCCUCGAGUCUAACUCUUUGCCUAUUGCCCUGAAAGAACUAUCUAAAAGAGACCCAACACUUUCUGAAAGUGACCUUGAAAAAGAAGGCCUAAAUAAAAUCUCCGGUACAAAAACAAAGAGUGAAGAAGAAAAAGAAUCUGCGACCCUCCAGAGUAACACCGCCCAAGUUAGUGUAUCGGUAGUUUCUGCUGAAGAUAAUCCUGCUAGUGGUAUUAAACCAGCGAGUGCUGUGGUGGAGAACAGCUCAGAUGAUGAUUCCCUGAGUGGUGCUAUCAAAGCCAACUAUAAAUCGAAGUUCACUGAGCAUCUUGACGAUGAUGAAGAAACCACCACCACCACUUCUGGUACUUCGUCUUCCGGUGCCAGCAAAGAGUCAGCCGCUGCCUCCAGUGGGGUGAUCACCAAAGCCCAAUCGAUUUUGAAGUCUGGGAAAACCAAAUUGGCUGCUGGGGUUGCCAUUGGUGGCGGGAUUAUCGCUGGGUCAGCGGUUCUCGGGUCUGAAUUGGUAGAUGGUUCUGAUUCUUCUUCUUCCAACGCUACGAUGUCUGAGUUAAAAGAAUCUGCUUCAAACUCCACCAGUGCGGCUACUGGUACCGCAACCGUCGACAUUAGUUCCUAG